CGGAGAUAAAAUACCAAGAUGCCGUGCUCCGCAGUGACGUUGUCUCUUGCCACCAUAACCGGUAUAAUCGCCACUGCUCUGCUGGCGAUCGCCUUCUCCACGGACAACUGGCUCUACACCGAGGUCAAGCGCGCUCAGAUCCAGCAAUACGCGAGCAAGCAUGCCGAGCAAAGCCAUUUGGUGGAACAAAUGAAUAUGAAAUAUUAUUAUUUCACGAGGACUCAAGGUCUAUUUAGGAUAUGUUAUCCUAAAGAGAGACCACCAACGGUCGAAACUUAUCUGAGCCCCGUGGAGACACAUUGCAUGAAUAUUGAUUAUUUCAUUCCGGAUGAAGAAAAUCAAACUAGAGGCUUCUCUGACGAUGCCAUGACACGAUUACAUAUGGGGAGAUCCGUGAUAGCUCUAUUCAUGGUCGCCUUUCUUGCGAUAUUUUCGGCAUUCUGGACAGGAGUAGUGGGCUGCUGGAGAAGAUCAGCAGGGAACAUCACGGCUACAGCAAUUCUGAUGUUAUUCGCCUGUCUACUAAGUGCUGGCGGUAUGGGCCUCUGGCAUGGCGUCGAGUAUUAUGAAAAAGAAAAAAUCGUCGGAGAAGAAUAUUAUCAGCAAUGGAGUAACGUUUUAAGGGACAAUACGGCGCAAUGGUACGACUGGUCGUUUUACCUCGCCUGGCUGGGGGUAGCUACGUGUCUGGGCACAAUGACGCUAUUCCUGAUCGCAGCAUCCUGCCUGAGAAGGGAGCGUGCUCGCGAGCAGGCCCAGAACGUUCAGUACAUCAUGCCAGUGUACCCGCAGAAACAGCAGUACGCGUAUGCCGGAUAUCCGGCACCGGCAGCGUAUCCAGGACCGUAUUAUCACGGUUCCCAAUACGGGCCCUACAAUUACUGAAGGAACUCGGCCGAUCGGCAUCGAUGGAAAGAAAGUAUCCCGAGCACACCAGUGCUCGUCGCUAACAUCGAAAAUUCGCAUCACUUAGCAGAACGAGGACCAAAAAUAUUCAACACGAAAUCCGAGAGGCUCGUCAAAGUCGAUCCGUGAUCGCGCUCCGUGAUACAAAGGAUCUAUCGAUCCGAAGCGAUCGCGUCGAUCUCGAACUCGUAAAUUUAAUUUCAAUUUAAAAUUCGUGGCUUCGGAUAUUACGCGAGAUGUAAAAACGCCACGAGAUCCCCAAAAUAUAAAGCUCUUUUCUUCCUGCGAUAGACCGAUCGUUUGACUCCAUCCGACCAGAAGCAAAAACUCUAGGCAAUACGAAAAUCCGAAAGAUGUCCGAGAGAAGUGCAAAAGGAAUCCGAAAAGGAUUCCCUUUGGACCUUUUUACCACAUCUUUUGGACAUUCGCGUUGUUCGGGAAGCUCGACUUGCGCGAGACGGUUGCUCAAAAUACGCGUACUUACACUUUAGAAGCGAGAUUACUUUGUAUUUUUCCAGUUCGAUAAGUAAGAUAUCGAUCAUCUCUCACGCAUCUUUCCCGUAUGUGCUUAUCGCAAGGGAGAUAUGCAUUCCCAUCGUACAUCGUUUCCAUCGGACUUCGAUCGGUUUCACCGAGCUUUCUCGCAUUCUCAUUAACGAGCGUUACACGGGUGAUUCAUUCAUCACGGUAACGGUUCCCGGCAAAAAGAGAAGGUCUGACGGAAAAUGCAGUCGGGCGAUCACCAGAUUUAAUAGACGCUACUCGCCUCGAUGAAACUCGGUAAAAACAGUCACGAGUCUUGUAAUUGAUUCAAUCGACCAUACGUUGAUUGAAUUUAGAUCUGAGAAGCUUGGCUCGCGUUGACGGGCGUCGCGCGUUUACUAUUAUUUAUUUAACGCGAUCGAAACUCAAGUUUCUCUUUCGAGAAGAGGACUGCCGAGUUGCGCGAGCAAAGUGGAAAACGACACAAAUACGACAUCACGUUCAUUAACGCUCUCAUCUCCUUGGUAGUACCAAAUAUUAAAUAAAUAUCCUUACUCUAAAAACAAAUAUCGCAAUUUCGUGAGAAUAUUUGUAUGCACCGUGAACUUGGUUUUAACACUUUCGAGUGCAACGGAACAACAGAUUUAAGUUGAAAGUAUUGAGAUACGCAAUUAAAAUAUAAGUGAUUUGAAGGAAAAUCACUUAUAUUCUAAUUGCGUAUAUUUUGUUAUUUCCUUGCGUCACUUUAUAUUAAUCGUACUUCCAAUAAAAUCUAUCGUUCCACCGUUGAUGUGCGUGCACGAUGCAAGACUUGAUUUAAUUAAAUUAAAAAUUUUCAGUUUGAAAAUGUCAAAACUACUUUCUCAGGCGUGUACAAUCUACGUAACGUAAAAUGUAAACGUUUAUGUAAUAUAUGGUGCUACUAGGAUCGUUACGCGGUAACAAUUUGCGAAGUUCGUCUUAUACGUAGCUCUUUGAUAAUGUUGAUUUUUGUAAGGUUCAUUACAUCGAUAUUUCUAUGUAAGAUGUUAGGAAGUAAAGAAAAAUAUUUCAAUUAUUUUAUAUAUAUAUUUUUUAGCAAAUAAACUAAAUUAGAAUUGCUCUCUUUUCCUAUCUUUUUCUUUCUCUCUCUUCAUAGAUUUCAUUUCCAUGCAAAUAGAUUGCUUCACACACACACACACACACACACAUACAUACAUACGCACAAAACAAACACACUCUACUUUCUCUUUUAAUUUAUCUCUCGUCAUAGUUUAUUUUUUAUUAGCUCCUUAUAAGUGAGCAAACAGCAAUAUUUUGUAAAAGAGAAUAUAAAUU